GAAAUAUUUUUUUGCCGGUCUGUCUCUCUCACACGUGAACAGCGAGAGCAUCGAACAACAAUUAGUGAAAAUUGUAUAAAUGAGGCUUAAAGCGCGCCAAAUCGAAAGCUGGUUUGUCGCUUUGGGUCUUUUGGAACAGCGGCAAACAACGGCCGACUAUGACCUUGACAGAUUUCUGCUGAGUAUUUUGAGAGAUGGUUCGAUUUUGUGUCGUUUAGUCAAUCGAUUAAAACCAGGCGCAAUAACCAAGGUGAGAGGACGAUCUGGUGUUUAGAAACAGCGAACUAAUGUUCAGGUAUUUUGUCAUGUAAAUGAGUUGUGUCCUGAUGUGUCCGCUGGUCGCUGAUUCUAGAUACAACAGGAACCUGUAUCAGAGGAGGAACGUUUUCAAAACAUCAGGGCAUUCUUGAGCGCCUGCCAAGACUUGCAACUUAAAGACGACGAGGUUUGAUACCAAAUAUGAAUAAUUCUCGUAUAUUAUUAUGUUUAAAAUUAACACUGGCGUUUCUGCAUUAAAAUUUAAUGUUUUAUCUGAGCACGCUCAACAAGUAAUGUUCCAUGUACGCCAUGUUUGUAUGCGCAGAUAUUUUCACCAAGUGACCUCGACAGUGAAGAAGGCAUUAACCGUGUUCUGCAGACUCUCGACAGCUUAGAAAAUGUGGCUGCUGGUAAGUUUCUGUUUAUAUGUUGUUGUAAAAUGAGCUGAGGGUUUUUGUUCAAGCUCAAUGAUGACAUUGAUUGACUGUCAUGUGCCUAGCAAUUCUCUUGCCACUUUCGAUCGUUUGAACAAAAGGCUCGUCGUGUGACAGAAAAAUUGCAAAUACUCCAUUGAAUUAAAACUUUGCUGCUGAGGCUACAAAUAGCGUUUAUUCUGCCCAGAUCUGUCGGUGAAUUUCGCUUUCUUACGUUUAAAACUUUGGAUUCAAUUUUCUGUAUAAUUCACGGCUGUUCUCAAGAGGAAUAUUGAAAGGUGAGCAAAACUUGCUUCGCUUAAGCUCGUAUAAUUAUAUUACUUGUUUUAUUAGUUCUCUGCUCUGCAUCUCAAGCCUGUUCACGUUAAACGACGAGAAACCAGGCUCUUUGACGGAUCAUAAUAAGAUUCGUUUUAUGGCGUGACUACUCUUCCAUUUGUACUUAAAACGUGUAAAAGCUUUGACAAAGUAUUUCGUUUAUUCAAAGGCAUCGUGGUAAACAAUAGCUCAACACAAAUUCAUGUAAGAGAAUUUCUCGUAAUUUUUCUUUCAUUUGCGUUCAUCGAUCUCUGGUUGUACUUGUUUCAAAGUUUCAAUUUUCUCGUGAUGAGUAAGCUUAUGUCGAAAAAUAUCACAUUUCUCGAAGUUAGUUGUUUUUCCUUCCAUUGUUGUAAUUUGUGUUUACAUGAUACUUCAGUUAGUGGAGGAAGUGAGCUGAAAUGAAUGGAAGACAAGUUUGAAAUUAGAAAACACGUCCGUAUUUGGUCAAAGUGUUAGUUUUAAAAGACUAAACCUUUAUGGUAAUAUAUUUUUGACGUCUUGAACCCGAACAAGCUUAAUAUAACCAAACUUCAGCCCUAAAACUGAACGUUUUUCAGUUUCUUCCAGUCAUGACGCUGACUUGCCUUAAUGUAGGUAUUCAGCUUGUUUACUUCUCAAAUCAAACUUGUUGGGUUUAGUAUUUUGCCUCGAGGAAAACUUCAAUGCUGCAAAAAAUUAAGUCAGGACUUCGUAAGUUAUGGAAUUUGUAAGAUCUAUGAUAUUUGCUUUGACUAUUUAGUGUGUCUUUGGUGUAUGGAUGAGUCAGGAAGUAGACACAUUUUCUUGUUGAUGUGAAUUUCUUGAUUUUAUUUGUUUGAUCAAAUCAAAUUUUCUUCAUAAUUUUUGUGUGGGAACAGGAAUCAUGGAGCAUAUUAAAUAUUGUGUUCAAUUUCAUCUCAUUUGUCACUUUUAAUAUGUUAAAUAAACAUAAGAAAAGCCUCUAAUUGUACAAAAAAUUAUUUCAGGAAACAAAUAUUUUUGAAGAAAAUUUGUGGUUGCCUUUUCAGAAGUAUUAUUUUGUGUUUUAUAUAUAUCAGAAUGUAUGAUACAAUAAACAUAUUUAAAAUAUGAGCCAAUUAAACCUGGAAAUUUAUUUAAUUCUUAAAGCAAGGUUAAAGUCCUUGAAUUUUGGUUGGAGUCCUUAGAAGGUCCUUCAAUUCAAUUUUUCCUUUGAAAGUCCUUGAAUUUUAUUCAACUUUGAAUGCAAUAGGGUGGGAAGCAAAUUGCUUUUCUUAGACUUUGGUACUCUUUUCUGUUUAAAGCAGCUUAUAGAGGAAAACCUUAUUGAAAAACAAAGUAAUCCAAUUCAAAAGUCAGUCAAAAGCAAAUUUGGCAGCAGCUGUGUUUUUAGCUCAACGCUCCUGCGCAUGCCACAUGUAUUUUUAUUAUGAGUUCUAUGUUUCAUCAGUAAAGCAAAGGAAAAUUGCAAAGACUCGCUUCAAUUACAUUUUACUCCACCCAGAUCUGUGUAGUACUUCUGAGUGGCUUGUCCAUGAGGGAAAUUUCCUUUAUCAAUCAGGAGCACUACCCCGAUCUGGGUAGUGACAUGUCAUCAGUAUGGAAUUUCUUGGCUCGUUCUUCGGAGGUCAUUUUGUGGGGAAUCCAAUGGUUGCGACGCAAAAUGUCAGCUGUUUUCUCAGACUAGCUUUUUUGAAAAUUAUAGAAACGUUAAUGAUACGUGGAAGUUGCUACCAGUUGAAGCUUGACAGAAAUUGCAUAAGGAAUUAGCAUACUUUGCCUGUUUUGUUGGUCACUAAGUAGAGGUUGACUGCUUGAUCAAGGUCUUUUUAAUAGAGGUUUGACAGUACUUGGCUAUUGUUUAUUUUUCAGGAUAUGGUUUGGGAAGGCAAUUUACUCACCACCAUGAAGUAACUGCCGCAAAUUCUACAACAAAAACACAAGACUCGGAGAGAGAACCCACUGAGGGCACUAGACAUCUUGUAAGCAUAACUUUAGACCAGGAUGUUUUAGGGCAGUAGAAUCCCAUUAAGGUUUCUAGGAAACUGCCCACCUACCCCUCCCCUAACUCAUUAACACCUACUUCUCACUUAGGGUGAAAUGUUGGGAUAAGAGAGGUGUAGGUGGGCAGUUUGGUAGAAACCUGAAUAAGCCAUUUCCAAGUUCCCCCGGGCCUCUGUUUCAAAACGAGGGUAGGUGCUCAGCCUUUGAUAAGGAAAUCAUUUAUUUUCACAAGAAAGGUUGUGCAGGUAGCCUCAUUUUGAAAGUGAGGGUUUUUGGAACUUGGAAGUGGCCUAUUGAUCUGGGAAGUGUACUGCAUGGUUCCCAUUAUUAUUUUUGCAGUAGUAGGUAAAAUUCCAGAGAUAACACCCCUAAGUGUAAUCCUCCCCUCUCAAACCAAAGUUUAUGGUGCAUAAAGUUUCCUAUACUAAGUCUCUUUGUUGAAGUCUGCAAAUUUGCUUCCAUUCGCUGUUAUCUUGAAACACAUUGUUCGUAGUCAUAAGCAUUAUUAUUUUUGUGAGGGUUAGGAUACUAAAAUGGGUUAAGGCACUUGUUUGGGUCGAGUAUGACCCAAUCUUGAGCCUAAGGUAGUACGAUUGAAUAGACUUUAAAGAGCUUAUUUAUUACGGCACCUCAGACUGGGGGGUUAUCAGAGUCUGAGUCCUUAAAUAGAUGAAAAAAAAAAAGAACUACAGUGCCCAAAGAAAAUAGUAUCACAAGUUAAUAUCCUUACUUUAUUGAUAUUAAUGUUGUUUUAGGAGAUGACAGAUUAUGGAGGCAGAAUUCACCUUGUCAAAGCAGCUUUUCCUUUCAAUGGACAGGAUGAAGAUGAGGUACAGUUCACUGCUGGUGACUAUAAACAUGCAAUCAUACUAUUUUGCACACCCUAAUAAAUAAUUAGUAUUUUUGGAAGAGAGUCAGCAAAAUAUUAUGUUUUUUGUUAUUGGCAAACAGAUCAAAGUUAUCAUUUGCUGAUGCUGAAGGAAGAGGCAAAAUUAUUGAUAUACAAGGCACUGACAAAACACACAUCAUUGUGAAGCAAGUGGAAUUAAUAGUAAUAAUUUUGUUUUAUAAUUUGAUGAGAAUACUCUGGGUUGUCACUGAAAUUUUAACUUGCUGAGUGUGUUCAGGGAUUCAGGGCUGUCAAUAAGGGCUGGUAGCCGGCCAAAACCAGUGGCUAGUAGCCAUCCUUAGCUGGCUACUUUCAUCUCCUUCUACCAAAACUGCUAACAAAAAAUGGACACCAUCAGAUAAAAUGACUGUAAAGCAUACGUUUCCCAGUUUUGAAUGACAUUGAACACUUAUUUAAACAGGUUUAGAUCUGUGAAACAUUCAAACCAUGCAAUGUUGUGGAAUGCCCAGAAACAUUUCAACAGCAUUGUUUCCAGUCUUGUGUGUAUUCUGGCAAAACAACAUAUCUUCCGCUGUGGAAAAUACCUCUUGAAAACCCCUGGAAACGCCAUUCCCGAGACUCUAAGCUCAAGAACUUGUGCCUUUAGUGCAAUUUCCAGAGCCUCCUACUAUUCAUUAUCAGCCCUCUACUUAAAAACUUUUUGACAGCCCGGGGAUUAGUAGGCAAGAAAUGGAACAGCUAUGAAUUUGUGUUGGUUCUAUUUUCCUUUUUUUUCUGAUGAAAAACUCAUAGUAGCUGGGGAUCUGUAGCUGGGGGAAAUCCCAAGCCCCUAGUCCUCAGUGACAGACCUGUCUGAAUACUUGUGCUGUUUUGUAAGUUAAAAUGAACUGCAAAGCAGCCAUUUUGUAUUUCAAAGACAGAAUCAAGCUGUACAUGAGCAAAGCAUUUUUCUGGUGGCAAAAAAUCUUUCUUCUGUUGAGCUUGAGCAGACUGCCGUCUGUAGGCAGUUAGAGACUGUAUCUGCAGCAAAGCCAUAACUUUUAUACCUAUCAAAACUUUGGAUAAAAUAAUUUCAAUGAUAAAUACAUUAUUUCAACUCUCCAUUGAAAUAUAACCUUUAUUUUAUUAAGAGGGUGAUACCAAUUACUAUGAAAAGUAUUCUCCCUAGUGGCCCUCUAAAAACAAAAUUGAUAAUAAUAAAUUACAACAAUCAUGAUAAAAAGCGUAUUUACAAAAUCAUUAGACCUGUGGUCUUUGUUUGUGAGGUUUUUAUAAUAUUUGUAACAAGUGACUGCUGCUGGAUGAGUAGACGGCUGUGAGGGAGAUAAGUGGUUGUAAGGCUGUAUUCCUCUAUGAAUUCUAGAAACUUUCUCUCCCUGCAAGAUUUUUUUGGAAUGAGUUUAGAGAUGUAAUCUCCAGGAAUCUUGAUUUCGACAAAGAACGCUAUUCAGGAGUGCUUUUCAUUAUAUUUUAAUAGUAUUAUUGUCCUGCAUAGAAGUGGAUUUAAAAAACAUGCUUGGUUUCCUUCUUUUAUGAAUUUUGUAGUUUAUUCUCACAGUUCAGCCCUAGUAUUUACUAAAGUUUUCCUGUUUUUGGAUUAUGUAGCUUUGCUUUGAAAGGGGAGACAUCCUUGAAGUCACUAAGGUUGGUGUUUGGCAACUGAUAAACUCAACUAAAUUACCGUAGCUGUUUAAGUUCACAUUUUUCCUUGAUUCUAGUUAUACUGUUCUUCGAGUUAGGUUAUAGUAAAAUACAGCUUUAACAAAAGAAAACAAUAAAAUAAUAAUUAAUUAGCAAUUAAUGCAUUCGGCUUUCGUAUGAUAUGAAGAAUUAAGCAGAUCGAGGUGGUGUCAUCCACCUCGGCCUUUGGCCUCUGUGGAUAACACCCUCCAAGAUCUGCUUAAUUCUUCAUAUCCUACGAAAGCCGAAUUCAUUAAUAAUUGCUUUAUUAUUCAUUCAAAAUAAUUGCUAGUUUAAAAACAUAGCUAAAACAUGCUUACCCGCAUCAAUGUUAAGUUUAUCUUCGAUAGUGUAUGUUUAGGUUUGUCCAGCUCCACAAAUAUUCUCCUGAUAGCAGAUGUCGCCCUCCGAGUUGUCUUCUUGCUGUUUUUGCUGUGUUUUUAGCCGUUAUUUCGCCUUGUUUCAGCUGUAGUUCUUACUCUUGAAACGAUUGAAGUGUACGCCAUUUUAGUUUUCACAACGAAAAUAACUCAACGUUCUCCCCAGGUCUUCUCAGUUGACAGUGCAUUAACCUGUAAAAGGCUGCAUUUUUGAUGUCAUUUUCUCGUUAAACACAAAAUUCUUCCAAAUUUGGUCAUCAGUAACUGGUUAUGGUGAAUUAUGUGUGUGCUUUUAGCCAAUCAGAAUUGGGGAAAUAUUUUGAAUUAAUAAUAAAUCAAAAUGAAUAAUUAUUUAGAAGUAGCAUAUCCACUAAUAAAUUGGUUCUACAUCUACCUGAUUCCUAGUUGAAUUGGAAUUUGGAAAUGUUGGUUUUUGAGGAGAGUGGAAAACCAGAGUACCCGGAGAAAACCUCUCGGAGCAAGGGAGAGAACCAACAACAAACUCAACCCACAUAUGCUGCGACCCUGGGAUUUAAACCCAGGCCACAUUUGUGGGAGACAAGUGCUCUGCACCAUUCUUACUCUCCACCCCCCCCCCCCCCCCCCACAAAGACAAUUAUUGAACCAAAGCUAAGAUUGAAAUACUAGAUAACCCCCACCCUGAGUUUAGAAUGCCUGAAUUAUAAGAUUGUUCAAGGUAGGAACAAAUGGAUGUGAAAGUUUUAGUAAAAUCCACAUAUGUACCGUAGCUCAUAUGACAUAAACAUCAUCAGAUUCUUAGAAUGAAGUAUAUAUUCAUUGUUUCUAGUUGAUGGUAAAAAUUAUCUUGUUCAAUAACUCUAACACUGUGUUGCCAAUUGUAUUCAUUGUAUAAACACCUGUAGUUUAGUGUGAGUUAUCCACCGGUGGUGGUAGAUAAGAAUUUUUUUUGUUCUUGCCGUGAAGAAGAUAACUGUACAUUGUAAUUCCAUGGUACAAAUGUAUAAUUCAUCUCCCAAUGUGUUUCUUGGCAGGUUGUGGAUGGAGGAUGGUGGGAAGGCACUUUAAAUGGCAUAGUUGGAUGGUUUCCUAGUAACUAUGUCAAAGAAAUAUCAGCAAGUAAGUAUUGUUAUUCUUCCGUCGUUAGAUACAUUUGAAAGGAAUUUUUUCAACAUCAUGUUAAGACUGUGAACAGUCCUUCAGUUUUUGUGAUGAAAGAUUUUGGAGCUGUAGUGCGAAAUUAUUGGAUGGGGAGCAGAGAGGAACCGUGAAAAUAGAUAUGUCAUAGGGAAAUCUUCAACCUGCCUCUUGUACCCAGAGUUGUUACUGUGUAGUCCCUUUCCUCAAAUCUCACUCAAAACAUCAUUCAGGAUAGCAGCUACCAAACAAACCAGACAAAGAAGUAAUUUUCAAUGUUACAAGUAAAGUUGUCCUUGACCAUUAAAACUGAUGACGUCACAAGUGGUAGAAGGGACCUGGGUCUGCACGGACGGUUCAGGUGGCACAGGGGCGAAUGGGUUAAUGAAAGUAGAGAGAUGUACUUUACUCCAACAUAAUAGACGGUCUGUCUUCACCUUUAGGCCCUGAACCCACCACACCUGUCUCACCACAGCCAUCACCAUUAUCAUCAAACAAACGAGAAAGUGCUAGGGUCUAUCAUAACUUGGUGAGUGACUGUCAACUUGAGUAUUUUUUAGGUGAAGAUUGUCGCUGAUGAACAUCAGUGAGAAAGCAAAGUAUUCUUAUUAUAAUGGAAGAUUCAAAAUUUUGUGUAGUGUAAGAUUGCAAGCAUGUGCAGUUGGUUGCUUUGCAAUUUUCUAAGACAUAAGCCUUGCUCAACUAUCACAGUUGAAUUUGCAGGUACACGCCACAUCUCAAGCAGUGCGCAAAGAAAGUCGUGUCCCAUAGCCCGGGGCUAGUGGAUUUUGCUAUCGGGCUAGUGAUUUUUGUUCUUAACUUGCCCGACGGGCAAGUGCUGUUUUAGGGGAACUUUGAAUUACAGAAGGAUUGUAAUCAAUCCUGCUAAUCAAAAAGGGUUUUGGGACUACUUGAAAUGACUUGUGGGCUAGUACAUGCUAGCUACAGCUUGCCCGAAUGGCAGGCUGUAAAACUGACUUUCUUUGCACCCCGUCAAGGCUUUAAUACUCGAUCAACCAGGGAAAAAGGGACAAAUUUUAGAAUACAGAGAAAGUACUUAAAUACUACUUCGUGCAAAUGUUUAUUUUGUUUUCACUUUUAAAAGACUAUAAACACAACCAAUAAAAGCCCUAUAGCUUGGCACACCACUGUCCAAUACAGGUUGCAAAAUUGGUGACUUCUGCUGCAAGAGACCUCUUUAGCAAAUGUAGGUCAUGUGGUAAUACUCAAUUGAGAACUUUGUCUUAUUGUGUAGUUCUAGAAAAUAUGCAUACUCCCCCCACGGAAGGGAUUGGAAAUUCCUUGGGGGUGGAAGGCUCUCAAAAGCCCCAAAAUUUAAGUAAAUGUGUGAAGCUUGACGCGAGUUUCCAGAGGGGUGGGGGGUGUAAGGAGAAAUGCCUUCUGUGGGGGAGGUAUGGAUAAUUUUUGGAACCACACAUUGACAGGUAUUAUGCAAAUGUAAAGACAAUUGGCCAAAACAAAACAUACUAACAAAAGAGGUCUAUUUGGGCCCCAAAGUAAUUUUUUUAGUAGCUCAACCAACCAAAAUGGUCACAGCUCGCAGUUGUGUCAUUACAUUCUUAUUUUGACUUAUCUUUUGCUCCAUUUAAGUUUAAUGUUGACGAGUCUUAGCAGAGGCAAUGCAAUGACAGUGAUGGCUUGUGCAGAUGUGAAAACUGUCUUGUUCAAUUGCAGAGCAACAAAUUGAGUGCUCCAGUCCUCUACAAAUGCAUUCGCGUUUUCAUUUGACAUUGCAUUUUCUUUACUGAAUCUGUAAAUUUACUUUCACAUGGAAACUUGUUGAUUUUUGUGGUUUUAAUCUUGUAGGUGGUUCAAAACAUUUUGGACACUGAAAGAGCUCAUGUUAGCGAGCUACAGGUACAUUUGUUUUGUAUUCAGAGUUGUUACAGUAUUUUAAAAUUUCUUUGCUAGUAAUUAAUAGGAUGGGUAUUAAUCUUGAAAAGCCAUUGCUGAAAAGCACAACAUCAUGUGUUUGUUUGUUGUUGCCUCUAAUAAGUAUUAAUGAUACGUCUUUUUUUAUUUUACCACAGGCCUUGCUACAGAAUUACUUAAAACCACUGCAAACAUCAAAUACGUAAGUAUUAUUUGUCUUGUAAGCCUGAAAAAGGUUUUGUAGUCUUCUUAGUUCAGCUUAAAAAGAAAGUGUUUUGAGUGUUUCUUCAUGAAUGUUUUUGGUGGUGUUAUUCAGAUUGCCACCCAAGGAUAUGAAAGUACUGGCUGGAAACUUUGAAGAGCUGGUUCAGUUUCAACAGAUGCUUUACAACCUUUUGGAUGAUUGUUCACAGUAAGUUAAAAAAAAAUUGUACAGAUAUUUUUCCGGUGCUUAAUCUGCACUAAACAAUAGCGCACACCUGACCCCAGAGCAAAUUAAUUGGAAAGUUAGCCUGAAGCAGACAAAAAUAAUGUGUAUAUUGAAAUUAAAUUUUUUUGCUGUAAAGAGGCUUACUGACUUUUGCUAAGGUAUACAUGAGUGUGUGUGAGAAUGGCGAAGGGGGGAGGGGGUGCUGUGUUGGAAAAGCCUUCAGUGCAGGAAACAAAAAACUGUAUCACAUGACCGUGUAUCUGCAUUCUGAAGAAGCUGGGUGUUAAUGAGGCUAUUAUUAUUUUACACGUAGUCAAGAUUUAACAUUUUAUAACAUUAUUUCUUCUAGGUUUGCUUUAAGAACAAUUUUAUAUUAAUUAAAUUUACAAGUGACCAUAAUCAUUCUUCAUUUUUUCUUUCAGUCUCCCCUUACAUCAACAAAGAAUGGGUGCCAGUUUUCUACAAAUUGCUCCUCAGGUAAUGAAAAUCCCUAAAAAUGGCUAAUAAUAAUUAUUUAGUAUGAAAAUAGCAAUGUUUAUUUUUAUUGUGUAAAAUGCUGACAAAGAAAAAGCGUCACACCAACAGUUACAGUGUGGACACUGAAACUGGGACACUUGGAAGAAGAUUGUCCAAUAACAACAUUUUCUGAAAACAAAAGAUCCUCAAGUUUUUGUGCAAACAGACCAAUAAAAUUAAAGUAUUCAACUAUGCAACUGUUGAAAACUUAAAACCGUUUGAGCUUAACUGACCUCUCAGGAAACAGCCCUCAAAUUUAUGAAUGGUAUGGUCCAUAACCAAAAAAACUUCAGAAUAUUGUGUUUUCAGAAAACAUAGUAAAUUGUUGGACAAUCCUCUUCCAAGUGUUCCAGGUUGAGUGUCUGCACCGUAAAUUAAGAGCCAUAUGUUGCUAUAAUAGUGUUGUCAUGUGGCUAAAUGAAAUUUAGGCUAAGUUAAACUUGAGACAAUGCUGGCCAGCAGUCUCUCAUUUGUGAUUUUCAAGGGUGCCCUAAUAGCUUCGCAGGGGCAUUUGGGUUUUACAGCUUUGUAGCUGAGGUCAGCCCAUUAAGUUCAUCUUGCUUCUUGUUGCUUGUGCUCGUUAGCCUGUUUUUCUCCCUUUCCUGCCUUCCCUUUGGUAAGUAUAUGGUAAGUAGUCUAGGUUUCACUGGUUAGCAGUGUGACAGUGCCUGGGUGGUUGCCACUCACAGGGUUGUUAUCAUUAUACAUUGCUCUUGGCUAUGGCCCUUGACUCCACCAGCUAUUCAGGCGCACCCACCCCCCCCCCCCCCCUCCCCCAACACCACGUUCAUCUUCGUUGAUGAGUUUAACCUGGUAGUCAAGUGAUAAAAUAAUCUUGCUAAUUUCAAGGGGGUGACAUUUGACAGUUAGAAGGGUUGAUUACAAUAGUAUCGCUUAGUAAAGUUGGCUACCCAUUAAAGUUAGUAAAUGAUAGUCACAAUCUUAGGCAACUGAAAAAAUAGGGGUCUGUAAGAUUGCUCGGGAAAUUUUCGUCUUAACCGAAGUUUAAUUUGCUUUGACAGAUGAAGGAAUUGUAUAUGAUGUACUGUGCAAACCAUCCAAGGGCAGUUGAAGUGCUCACAAAAUAUGGGUAAGUAAAGGGAAACAUAACCAAGAUCCUAGGUGGAAAAGCAAGGUUAUGUAAAAGUUUUUAUCAUUCAAUUAGUUAAUCAAUAUGAAACCAACUAUAAGUGUGUUAAGGAGUUAUUGCAUUGUACUCAAAAAUAGGGUGACAUCCUGCAAUGUUACUCUUUGACCCUCAACAUCACUGUAAAGUGUAUCCCUGGUUCCUGAUAAGUCAUCAUUAACAAAAUCAGCUGACCUCAUAGCGGUAGUCUGAUUUGUUUAAUUACAAGUAUGAUUACAGACCGAAUUGGACAACAGAAAGUUCUGUACGAAUUAAUCAUAAAUUCAGGUAUAACAAGAUUUGUGAUAUUUUAAGGUUUUUAAAUUAAACAUAAGAUAUUCUGAUAGUCUUUUGGUAACAGUGAAAAUAAAAAACAUUCAAGUGCAUGCGCACGAUCGUGUCUACUGUUCAAUAAUAGGGACUUUGCAAUCCGACGACGCAACGGCAGUGAAAACGUCACUUCAAAAAUGAAUUUGCGUUCUUUCGGUCUUCAUCGCAAUUAUACCAACUCACUUACUUUGUCAAAUGUAGGUGAACCCUCCCGGAGUUGAAUUUCUAAGAACCAUAUCCAAGUUUAGAAAGAGAAUAAAAUUUCGUCGUCGCUUGUUUACGUCCUCCCUAAAAAGUAAAGUUAGGCAAUUUCACGCUGUAGUCGUGCAAAAACGGCAAAGAAAUGUACAAAAAAGUGAGGUGCACUUGCAAAGUCGUUGUUUUGCCCACUAAACCUAUUGUUGUUUUUGAUGUUCCCGUUGCUGUCGCAUUGUCGGACGGUAACGUCCCUAAUAUUACUUAAGCAUGACACGUGCUGACCUAUUACACUGUCCCGUUAAAGCUAAAAUUAGGACAGCUGAUAGCCAAUCAGAUUUGAGGAUUAUAUUAUAGAUAAAUGCGCUGUUUGGUUUAUUGCCUUGCAGUGAUGAGUUGUCAGCAUUCAUUGAAAGUAAGGGAGCUCCAGCACCAGGAAUACUAACACUGACAACGAGUCUGAGUAAUGUAGGUUAAUCAACGCUCUUGUUUCUCUAUUUUUCUAUGUUCCAGCCUAAUGAUUAAACAUUUUCAUCCCACAUUGUGGUGGAAUGGCAUUUCUGACUAUUUGGCCAAGGGAAAGUUAACCCUCACUUGGAAAAAUCAAUCAAUCAUUAACCAAAUCUGUGUGAUGGCCAGUAGCAUCUACAUUAUAAUUCAGUGGUAAACACACAAAUUAUCAUGUGGGCUGUCUUUGUGCGAUGUUUGGGCAAACAUUGUUCAGUCAGACUUGAUUACAAGACAGAUUUAAAGAACGCCAGUGACAGUCAUUCUGAAACUGAGAACUUGCUUAAUACUUAGAUAAAGAAAUAAUUAUGACUGACAACAUUUCUGGCAUGUCUGACUAAAAUGGCAGCUUGGUUAAACAUACAUCCCUUCCUGAAAAGAAAAAAAAUUACAUGUAACCCUACAAUUGCCCAAGUUAUAAUCAACAACUUAGUAAUAAUAAUAAUAGUGUAAUUUAUAUAGCGCUUAUACAUUGCUGUUCUAAGUGCUUUACAAUGUAAAAAAGGACAUAAGAAUAUCAUUAAGCACAAGCUUACAUAUAACCCUACUGUACAUAUUGGGAACUGAAUGUUUGGCUUUUUAGCAUACACAUCUUAAAAAGGGAAGGAAAAAAAACAAACAAACAAAUAUGAUGAAACUAAAUGUCAUAUACCUUUUUAAAAAGAAACGUUUUCAACUUAGAUUUAAAAAGAUUAACAUCAGAACAAGCGCGAAUUUUAAAGAGGAGCUUGUUCCGUAGUCGGGGGGCAACAACGGAAAAUGCUCGCUGACCAUAAGUGUUCAUGUUAAAAUUUGGUUCUUCAAGGCGUAAAUGAUCCCUUGAUGACCGUAAUGUCCUUCAUUGAUGGUAGUAGUAUCUCUUUUUGUUGUACAGAAUUUUUUCAUGGCCAUAUUAUUUUUCUACCUGAUUUUUGUUUUAGUGCAGUAGUCUUGAUUUAACUAUUUCAGACCAAUAUAACAACAAAUCUUGUUUUGUUAUCCUCAAAGACUGUCUGUACAGUUGUUUAUCAGACAGUUAAAUCUACAAUCCACUUCUAGGAUUAACAUUCCAUGUGAGAGAACCAAGUUGUAAAUUCACAUUGAUACAUAAUUUCUAAAAAAUUGUGUUGAAGAUCUUCAUUUUCUUUUGCAUUAGUCUGUUAUCAAUAUUUUGUUGACUAAAAUUUGAAAAACUGUUGGGGUAUGCUAUGUGCAUGAAUUUAAGUUGUGAAUCCUUGUCUUUCUUGUUUAUUAGCCCUUCAGACAUCUUGGCAAGUAUCCAAAUCAUAUGAAAGAGUUGGAGAGACAUCUUGAGGUUUGAGAACAUUUAAAUUAAUUUUGAUAAGGUUCUGCAUACAUGACUCUAAUGAAAAAUGGCAUGGAUUUCUUUCCUUGUUAAGUUUGUCAAUAAUAUUAUGGUUCAUCACACAUUCGGAUUUCUUUGACAGACUUUAUCGCAAGAACAAUAUGCAUAAAAUAAUAGCUGUACGACAGAAGUAUACUGCUCAGUAAUCUGUCAUUAUUGAUCACAAGUUUAUGGCGUAUUUUUCGUAUUCAAAUUAGUCACUUAAUGACCUGUGUAGCUUUGAUUAGUUAUGAGUGAGAUUACAUUAAAAAUUGCUUCAAUGGCAGGACCCUCCCCUGGAUCUGCAACUGCAGUGUUUGAAGGUUUUCUUUCUUUCUAGAAGAAAAUGAGAUUCUUAUUACCACUGUUGACAAGUAGUCACAGGCGCGGAUCUAGGAUAAAUACUGACUGAUUUCUAGAGCUUCUAGAGGGUCCAGCGGCAGACUCCCCCAGGGGAGUUUUUGGAUUUUUAACUCCUUUAAGUCCUCUUUCCUGCAUCAGUUUCCGAGUCAUUUGGACGGGACAUUGGCCAGAGUUCAAUUUGGAAAGUGUUUUAUUUAAUUUUUGUGGAAAAUAUGUUUAUUAUGAAAAAUCUGACCGAUUUCCGUAAAACGCUGGAAGCCGGUGUGGAUCCGCGCCUGAGUCACUGCAGUCUGGUUUUAGAUUUGGUCAGAAUUGAGACUCUUUUGUUGGAUCCAAACUUUUAUUGGGUUGUUGUUUUUUUUUUGCCUACAUCUAAAGGUUACAUCUUUUAAAUUCUCCUCCUUUCUUGUGACACCCCUAUUUGUGUUUAGUGCUUUUUUUAUUGCGUAAAUUUUAAAUGGCAAUAAGCACUUUCAUGGGAUAAAAUUUUCUAAAAUAGCAUCACGUUAAAAAAUUUGUAAGGAAUUUUUAACAGAUUAAUAUUUCUGGCAUGUAAUCAUGAAGCUUGUAAUAUUUCUUUUCUUCCUCACUUUAGGAAGGGCACAUAGAUGAAUUGGACACCAAAAAGGCAAUAGCUGUUUUUCAAAAUUUGACGGUAAGUGUUUACAAUAUGUAAUAACAUCAGCUGAAAAUUGUACGGCAUUAUGAUAUUUCACCCUUUUGUUUCACUGUGCUCUUAACCUUUCUAACCCUGGCGGUAUAAAGAGGUACAUUCUUCUUUCUCAUCCCAAACUCCAAAUUUUAGUGAAAAUUUAAAAAUUCUUGUCAAAUACUAAAACACGGAGUACAGUACGAAAGAAGUUCCAAGGGGUAUCGUUCAGAGACUACUAUAGUCUGAGUCCCCUUAGCAUGGAUUUUUUCACCACCACACAAAUGUUAAGAAUUUGGAUAAAGAGGGUAAGGGUCAUGUAUUUUAAGCCUAAUUGUGACCAGUGUUAAUUUUAUCCUUUUAAUGUCUCAGCUUAAUUGAAGAUUAUGUUAAUUUUAAGUAGAUGGGAGAGAGAUCACCCGCAGAUAAAAUGUCUUGACUGUUAAACAACUUCUCCUUGAGAGUACCUUAAGUAGUGUACCUGGGAACAGUAUGGAGAAUGUGUGUGUUGAUAUAAAGGAUUGACGGGAUUAACAGUGGCAAUUGUCACGCCUGUAAUCACUGUGUACCUUGUCAUGAAGUUUUGUUCAAACAUGAGUUCUUAAACCUUGCCUGUUUCAACAUGACUGUUUUAUCACACAAAUACGACCUCAGUUGUUAAAUGCU